GAAUCCAAAAAAGAUUGUACUUCUAACCACUACGCCACCUGCUGUUUUGUACUGUACUGCUUUGUGCAGUCACCCGCUUCAAGUGACCUUCAUGUAACGGCAUGAACCGGCGAUGUAGCAGAAAUGCAAGAAUUGGAACUGUUCCGUGCUGUAAACCCUACGCGAGGGACAAUAAUAGGGACAAUCCCUGUGCACUUUCUUUAUUAUGGACACGGUCGCGUUAUGUAAUUCUCGCGGUGUGCAGAAAAUAGCCCCUCGCUCGGCCCUCUCUCACCGCGGCUACGCCUCUACACGCGGGUACUUACUGUACGAGCGGCUUCCACUUUAAGACCGACGAAAAUAUAUAAAUAAAGAAGCGGGAGCUUCCGGUCGGUCAAACUAAAAAGGCGAUCCGAUCGGCGUGUGUGUGUCGGUGUGCAGUGAGUGACAGCAGCGAGCGCGGAGCCUCCGCACUCUGACUCUCCCUCUCGUUCAUUCACACACUCAGUCACUCAGUCAGUCAGUGAGUCAGUCAGUCAGUCACAGUCAGUCAGUCAGUCAGUCGCUCGCUCGCUCGAUCGCUCGUGUCCUCUCCGGUGCGAGUCUCAGACAUGGUGAAGAUAACGUUACACGGCGUCGGGGGGCACAAGGCCGACAAGGAGGGCGACGGAGACAAAGCCGAAGUGCUCGUGCCCUGUCCGCCGCACGAAGAACUCGGCCUUCGCCUCCACCCCAAGCGGUCUCCUGUGAAGAACCUUUGGUGUCUCGUUGUCAGCCUGGUGGUCGUCCUGUGUGGCCUGGUCCUGGCAUCCGUAUACCUGUACAGACAUUAUUUUAUUUCACAGAAGCAGGUCCCAGAGGAGAACUUCUUCCAUUGCCGUGUGUUGUAUGAGGACUCAAUCUACGCCCCCCUGCGUGGUCGUCAGGAGCUAGAGGAGAACGUGGGGAUUUACCUGAAGGAGAACUAUGAGCAGAUCAGUGUUCCCCUACCACGCUUCGGUGGGAGUGACCCAGCUGACAUUGUCCAUGACUUCCACAGGGGUCUGACAGCAUAUCAUGACCUUGCUUUGGACAAAUGCUACAUUAUAGAGCUCAACACCUCUAUUGUUAUGCCCCCAAGGAGUCUGUGGGAACUACUGAUCAAUGUCAAGAGGGGAAGCUACCUGCCACAGACCUACCUCAUUCAGGAGGAGAUGGUGGUAACAGGCCGGGUGUGGAACCUGCGACCCCUGGGCUUCUACAUUCAGAGACUCUGCAGCGGCAAGGAGACCUACCGGCUGCGACGACACCACUCACAAAGACGUAUUAAUAAGCGUGAAGCACAGAACUGUCACAGCAUCCGUCACUUUGAGAACACAUUUGUGGUAGAAACUGUUAUCUGUGAUUCAGUCUAAAAUGUGUGCUUUGUGGGAUCCACCAACACAAUCCAACCCCCCACCAGUGUGUGUGCAGUUGCACUUUACAUCAUUCUUAAUACUGUUGCAAACUGUCAUUUCAGCUUUUAUUUCAGUCCUACUCUAACUUUCUCCCUUUUAUGUUUUCACUUGUAUUAUUUGUUAUGUUUAUUUUGGUUGUUUUGGUCAAGUUCUCAGAAAAAAAAAAUUGUUGCACUAUUGUGUUCUUAAUAUGGAACCAAAGGCAUGUUUUUAUUGUCAGAUGAUGGCUGAUUCUGUUUACAAAAUGUUUUGCCCUCACUCCUGACUGCAGGGUUAAUCGAAUUUUAAUAAAUCUUGGAGCUGGGUCUUGUAUGUCUAUGUUUAACAGUAAAUUCAAAUUCUGUCAGAAAUGCAGUAUUUAACAAAUACAAAUUUUGUGUGUAAAAUGUAUAAAUAUACUUUUUCUGUGUGCUUUACAUAUAUGUGCAUGUUUGGUUUUUUCCCUCACAUCUAUUUUAAGUCUAGGUAAAACCUGCACAUUUAUGGAAAUUCCUUUUUGGAUGUAACUUUUUUAUGAAUAGUUUUUUUGUGUGUGUGGGUGUGUGAGAGCAGUUCCCAUUACAAAGCUGCAUCACCAUUUGUUUUAUAGAAUGUGCCUUUUUGGCUUGCCGUUGGUGUUUCUUCCACACUUUGUCCUCUUGGUACAUUACCCUCCAGUAGCACUCCUCCGUUCACGGAGUACACCUGCAGGGUGUGGGCAGAGCUUUAUUAUGAAACAUUAAAGGGGUUCACCAUGUGACUUGAGCUUCCCCUAAUGUCAGUCAAAACUUCUGUAAGUCAAAACUUUGUCAUUUGGUUUUUCAUACCCUGCAAUUGGGGGAGGGGAUUCUUGCAGCCCCUUGAUGAAUUUGUUGACACAGACUCUUCCAUUUCACCCACAUUUGCAGGAAUUCAUUCCCCCGAACAAGUUUGCUCAUGAUGAGCCAUGCAGACACUGAUUGCACUGUCUUCUUCUGAACGAAAUGCUAUGGGGGUUCAGAAACAGAAUGAAAGUUAUGGGUUAAUUUGAUAUCUGUACUCAAUAUCCUACAAUUACUUAUGUGACAGACCUGACUUGUAUGUUCUGUUUGCUUGUGUAGCCUUUUACCAAUGAAUAAAUCUGGAUGUGAUCUCAA